AAAUCCGUGUUUCAGCUGUUGACUGUAGGACUGACAGAAGGCAGGCUCCGGCGCACGAGACGCAGCGCCUGUGAGUUUGGGACUUACCAGCAUGAGAGGAAAACUUGCUGCCUUUGUAUGAAAGGUUACCGGGUCUUAAGUGACUGCACAGACAAAAAUGAAACUAAUUGUGAAAGGUGUGAAGAUGGCACCUAUAUGGAUCACCCAAACAGUGAUCACAAAUGCCAGCCUUGUAAAAUCUGUGAUUCCAGUUCAAACAUGGAGAUAAGGAGCAGAUGUUCACUGUAUUCCAACAGUGUCUGCAGGUGCAAAGAGAAUCAUUACUGUAACAAGGGUGAGGACUGCAAGGCCUGUUUCCCCUGUGACACGUGUGAGAAAUAUGGAGUGAAUCAAAUAUGCACAGCAAACACCAACACCGUGUGCAAGAGUCCACAACCCCUAAGCAUAGGCAAGAGCUGCUUUAUCACUGAUUUCAGUACAUGUAAAAAUUCCUGUGUCCCAAGAACCAUUGCAGCUGUUUUGGUCCCACCCAUAGUUGUGGCUUGUGUGGUGGUCAGCUGUCUACAGAGAAUACGCAUGUUUUGUUUUGGCAGAUAUUUAAACCUGAACCCUCACCUAUCUGCUGAUGUUCUGGGCUGAAAAAUGAUGAAAUGUGUUGCCCAGCGCAGUGGCGUGAGUAAAACUGAUAUUGAGGAACAUGAACCUAACCACCAAAAUGAUACGAUAGAACGAACCUUCAGACUUCUGCAAACUUGGUCCCAGAAUCAAGGCCUACCCAACACUCAUCAAAACUCUUUCUCAAUAAAGGAAAAAAUAACAGCAGAUGAGAUUCAGAAAAUUGUUGAGAAAGAAGCUCAGACUGAAUGAUUUUUAGUCUAACACAGUACACAUAUGUUUUAUUUUUUUCAUAAUAAGUAAAUAAAAAAGUAGAGAGUACAGUAGUGUUAAGGGUUAAGUGUUUUUUUUAUUUGGCGGUUUUGUUUUUAAUAAAUAAAAAGAAAAAAGUAGAUAUUAGUAAGUAAGUAGUAAGAAGUAAGCUAUUGGUAGCCAGUGCAAAUUGAUGAAUUUAUUAAAGACUAUUAUUUAUGCUUGCAGAGGUUUGAUAGAACUGUCCGGAUAGUAUACCUCCAUUCUGACUUUAAUAAUUUAAAGUUAUUUUUAAUGACUUGCUAUGUGGUUAUCCUGUUCACCAUAGGUAUGUUUUCAGAAUGAAUUGUUUACAAUGCCAUCUGUAAAUGCUGGGUCACUUCACUUGAAAGGAUGAAAGAUUAUGUAUCAAAUAAUUGCAGCCCUGUUUGCUGAAGACAUUUGCUUUACAAAAUAAAAUAAUUUUGUAACAAAUGUGGUCAGGCCUUUAAAUGUGGCAAAGCCACAGUGGCUCAAACUCAACCAAACUGCUUCAAAUUCUCCUAAUUAGUCCAUCAUUUAGUGUGAAAUCAUUUUACAACUGUAGUAUUAUAUCAGCUUUCUGAUAAGCUUAUCUCAAUAGUGUUUAUACAUAUGUGACCCUUGACCACAAAACCAGUCAUAAGGGUCAAUUUUUUUGAAUUUCCUUUCCAUUGACGUAUGAUUUGUUAAAUCGCCUUUAAAUUUGUUCAAAUGAAGUUCUUAGCCAUGCAUAUUACAAGUUUUGAUAUAUUCACAGUAGGAUAUUUACAAAAUAUCUUCUUGGAACAUAAUCUUUACUUGAUAUCCUAAUGAUUUUUGGCAUAAAAGAAAAAUCUUGUUAAUUUUGACCUACACAAUGUAUUGUUGGCUGUUGCUACUUAAGACUGAUUUUGUGGUCCAGGGUCACAUAUAGCAUAAGUGUGCUAAAAACAUGUAAAUAUAAAAGGGAAUAUACUUCAGAAAUAUUUUUGAAUGAAAGAUUAAAAGGAUAAAUG